AAUUAAUUUAAAUUAACGCAGAAUCUUGGUUGCUUCCUCAUCGUUAUUUUGAAAGGAAAAAAAAGUCAUUUUCUUUCAAUUCAGAAAAUCUUCAAAAAACCCUUUGUAUCUUAUAUUAAAUUGGUUGUUUACAUGAAGAAAGAACAGACAAUGAAGUAUUCAUCUUCAUCUUCGGCUUCAUCUUCAUAUUAUUAUUACUUUUUCAAAGAGAGAUGUCUAAACAAGGGGAGGCUUCCUCCAUUUUUCAUGUCUUUUCUUCUUUUAACCGUCAUAUUCAUACUCUUCAUCCUUUAUUCUACAACCCCUUUAACUCCCAUCCCCAACCAGGCCCUUUCCCGUAAUCUAAGGCUUCCAGUCAUCAAACCACCUCCUAAUCUUCCCCGUAAAGGCAAACCCAUAAUUUUUCAUCCUCCCCUUCAAGGUUAUGAUGAUGGGAUUUCGAAGUGUGAUUUGUCAAAGGGUCAUUGGAUACCGGACCUCCAUGGUUCUCUAUAUACCAACUCAAGUUGCACUACAAUUCCCGAUUCAAAGAACUGUUUCCACCAUGGAAGAAGUGACAGAGAUUUUCUGAACUGGAGAUGGAAACCUGACCAAUGUAAUCUUCCAAGGUUUGAUCCCAAGGCAUUCCUGGAUUUUGUUAAAGGGAAGACACUUGGAUUCGUUGGUGACUCUGUUGCUAGGAAUCACAUGGAAUCUCUACUUUGUCUCCUCUCAAAGGUUGAAACCCCCGAAGAUGAGUACAAAGAUUCAGAAGAUAGAAAACGUAUAUGGUAUUUUCCUAAACAUGAUUUCACUCUUAUGAUCCUUUGGUCCAGAUACCUUGUAUCUGCUGAAGAAAGAAUGGUGAAUGGUUCAGGGUCAGGCAAUUUUAAUUUACACCUACACAAAAUUGAUGAAUGGAGCAAAGAUCUUCCUCUUCUAGACUAUGUCAUAAUCUCAGCUGCACAUUGGUUCUUUCGACCCAUUUUCAUCCAUAAUAGCACUGGCAUUGUUGGGUGCGUAUACUGCAAUACCCCGAAUGUGAAGGAUUACGGUGUUGGAUUCACCCUGAAGUUGGCAUUUCGAUCUGCUUUGAACCACAUCAACAACUGCAAGACCUGCAAAGUGAGGGUCACCUUAGUCCGGACAUUUUCGCCGGCGCAUUUUGAGGAUGGGGCAUGGAACACAGGGGGAAGGUGUAACAGGACAAGCCCUUUGGGAGAAUCGGAGAUAAACUUGGGCACCACUGAAUGGGAGCUGAGGAGCAUGCAAAUGGAAGAGAUCGAAAAGGCGAACAUCAAAGGUGCUAAGGUCGGGAGAAGGUUCGGGGCAUUGGACAUUACGAGGGCAAUGCUGAUGAGACCAGAUGGUCACCCUAAUGAGUUCUGGGGAAACAAAUGGAUGAAGGGCUAUAAUGACUGUGUUCAUUGGUGCUUGCCAGGUCCUGUUGAUGUAUGGAAUGAUUUUAUGAUGGCGGUUCUGAGAAGAGAAGCUUCAUUUGUUUCUUAAAGGGGGGAGGGGAUUUAGAUCCAAAUUAGUUAGGGAUCAUAUACCAUACAUAAAUAUAUUUACAUCAUAAUAAUUUGAUCUCCAUUUUUUUUAUUCUUGUUAACAGAAGAAAUUAAUUCCAUGUAUUUUCAUUGUAAUUUGAUACCAAAUAUCAUUUGUUCUGCAUGGGCUAAUAAAAAGAUGAUUAAUACUGAGCUAUUUUUUCAUUUUUAGGCAUAAUCAAGUGGAGCAAACUCCAUCAAUGUGAAGCUCAGAGUUGGAAUGAAUUAUGUUUUUGAAAACUCGAUGACUCUAAA